CCUGAUGGAGUCGUGUCGUGUCCUUCCCAAUUCUUGUAUUUACGUACUGGCUUAUAUGAAUUCUUUCUUGGUUUCACGUCUCUGCUUACGUAAAUUUGUGAAGGAAAUGAGCAUUCUUUCUUUGUUUGCUUAUUAUAAGUAGCGCGCAAACGGAGGACGUGCCUUUGAAAAGCAGACAUUUUCGACUAAACUUUCUAUAUUUCCCUUUCUAAACAGCCACAAUUCUUCCACUUUCCUCGUUCCCUUUCUCAAUUACUAGUUGUUUUGAGAAAGACAAGAACGAAACAAUUCACCUCUAAAUCCAAAUAACGUUCAAUCCGAUGAUGGCCGUCGCCAAUAACUCAUCCCGCCAAUCUCUCAUCCCUAGCUUUCUCUACACUCCUUCUGUGUCCUCUAAGAGACUCUUUGAUUUGGACGUUCCGCUGAACAACCAUGGCUUGUAUCAUUCAACGUUCAACAUUUCUAAACCAUCGCCAUCCAACAGCCAGUCGAGGAGUUUCGUGAUUCCAGCACCUAGUGAGAAGAUUGAGAUGUUUUCGCCGGCUUACUAUGCUGCGUGUACCGCCGGUGGGAUUUUUAGCUGCGGCCUCACUCACAUGGCUGUCACCCCUCUCGAUCUUGUCAAGUGCAAUAUGCAGAUUGACCCAUCAAAGUACAAGAGCAUCACAUCUGGAUUUGGAGUCUUGCUCAAGGAGCAGGGAGUUAAAGGUUUCUUUAGGGGAUGGGUGCCCACCCUUCUUGGUUACAGUGCACAGGGUGCCUGCAAAUUUGGAUUUUAUGAAUUCUUUAAGAAGUACUAUUCCGACAUUGCUGGGCCUGAAUAUGCUGCCAAGUACAAGACCUUGAUUUAUCUUGCUGGUUCUGCAUCUGCUGAAGUCAUUGCUGAUGUUGCUCUCUGCCCUAUGGAGGCAGUGAAAGUUCGAGUACAAACCCAACCUGGUUUCGCCCGAGGCUUGGCUGACGGCUUACCCAAGUUUAUCAGAUCUGAAGGCUAUGCUGGGUUAUACAAAGGGCUUGUUCCGCUCUGGGGACGUCAGAUUCCAUAUACAAUGAUGAAAUUUGCAUCCUUUGAGACCAUAGUUGAGUUGCUAUACAAGCAUGCUAUUCCAACACCAAAAGAGCAGUGCAGUAAAAGUUUGCAGCUUGGAAUCAGCUUUGCUGGUGGAUACAUUGCUGGUGUUUUCUGUGCUAUUGUCUCGCAUCCCGCUGACAACUUGGUGUCUUUCCUCAAUAAUGCCAAGGGAGCAACUGCGGGUGAUGCAAUCAAGAAGCUAGGAUUGUGGGGGCUCUUUACCCGUGGCCUUCCUCUACGUAUUGUCAUGAUUGGAACCCUUACCGGAGCCCAAUGGGGCAUCUAUGAUGCUUUCAAAGUGUUUGUUGGGCUGCCAACUACUGGUGGCGUUUCUCCUCCACCUGCUGCUGCUAAGGCUUGAACCUAGAGCCCGUGGGCCAAGAUGACCUUGCAAAGGAACUUGUGAGCAUGCCUUCUUGAUGGGUAAAUAAUAGUUAAUUAGCUGAUGCCUAGCUCCCAUAACAGCAUCAGUUUCUAGCGGCCAAUUCUUUCAAACUAUAAACUAUAUUUAAUUUGUUUCAUCCAUUUUGCUUGAUUCCUGGGAGGGUUUUGAUUUCAUCCUCACCUUUAGCUCUAGGCUCUUAAGUCCACGUUACAAAUUGAUGAUUUUUCAGUUUCCAUGCAGAAACGAUGUAUGUAUUAGCGAGGACAACUUUUUGUGGUUUUCACUGUUUUGACAUCCCUGCUUCUGAAUGCUUUUCACAAAACUUGAUUAUAUA